AUGGUUAGAAAGGGGCAACCGAAGGUCAAAACAGGCUGUAACACAUGCAAGAUUCGAAAGGUAAAAUGCGACGAGACAAAGCCACACUGCGCAAGGUGCACAGAUACGGGCAGGAGAUGUGAUGGCUACCUCUCCAAACCUCGGGUUGUUCUGUCAUUACACGAAGAACGCCGCCUGACUUCGAGCGGUAGCCAUGGCCGCGAAGCCAGGGCGUUUGAUUUUUUCCGGAAUGUGGCUGGCCCGGCCCUCUCAGGCGAGUUCGACGCCUACUUCUGGACAAAUAUGGUAUUACAAAUGAGUCACCGCGAGCCGGCCGUCAGGCAUGCGGUGGUGGCUCUGAGCUCGCUCUAUGAGCAGUUCCAAGGCAUGAACAAAUCGCCACUUCUUGCAUCAACAGACUACUUCGCCGUGCGCCAUUAUAACUCAGCAAUCAAGGAGCUGCUCUCGUCUCGGGAUGACGCAGUGGUGUUACUUGUGUGUGCGCUCUUCAUUUGUGUCGAGUUUUUGCAAGGGAAUCAGGACUCGGCCAUCGAGCACUGCCGCAACGGUAUCUUGAUACUCAACAGGGCCGCACCAUCGCUAGUUAUACGCCAUGAUUACCUCCCCAUCAUUUUCUGUCGGUUGAGUAUCUUUCCUUUGUUUUUUGGGUGCUCGGUCUCGUCAUUUCCUUAUGUGGCAGGCCUGGACGCCAAAUUUCAACACCAUUUCGCCAAGAUUGCGGAUGCCCAAUGCUCUCUCGACAUUCUUCUCUCCGAAUCGAUUCGAUUCAUCCGCUCCGCCGGAGAUUAUCGUCUAGGGACAUUGCGACACAUGGACGUCCCAGCUUCGAUUAGGGAGAAGCAAGAACGCCUCGAAAGGUCCCUGCAUGCGUGGUAUCAUGCGUUCUCCGAGUUUCAGGCUGCUCAGCCGCCGCUGGAAAGUGGCCCAUUAAGAUGUCACCUUCUUCAGAUGAGAUAUCUGGUGACCCAGAUUUGGGUAAACGUGGCUCUAGAGCCAAAUGAAAUGGCGUACGAUCGGCAUCUCGACAAAUUCCGGUCAAUAGUGAACCUAGCAUCUCAGGUGGUGCUGCGAGGAUCACCAGAUCAUUCUCCUCGUCCUAAAUUCAUAUGCGAGAUGGGUUUUACGCCUCUCCUGUACUUUGUCGUCAUGAAGUGCCGGUCUCUACCUACUCGCCUCGCCGCCUUGUCUUUGAUGAAGAAACUGGGGAUUGACCGUGAAAACCUCUGGGACAUGAACACGAUGUAUUGUGUGGGCCAGCGUCUGGUCGAGAUGGAGCAUGAUAUUACCCUGAGCGAGAUCACCGUGCAGAGCUCUCUCCCUAGGUAUGCCGAAGUACCUUCAGAAGAGGAGCGUAUCAGGGAGGUUAUGCUUAACCCAGGCGUGGAUAUUCGCCAGGAUGACGAAGGCCAUGAGGUCGUCUGGACGCAAAUGCAUUCCGUGUUUUGGGAACCUGAUGAUGAAUUGGUCAUGAAAAGUGACUGGAUGGCACUUUCCUAACGGCAGAAUCCCGCCAAUAAUGCUAUUUACCUAGCCUUCUGGCAUUGGAGAAGACAGACCUUCAAAUCUGGCUGGUGCGGACCAUAUUCAUAUCACUGAUUGGCCGGCUCGGACUUUGCGACGCAUUUGACUUGACCAAUUUUUAUCCACUUCCGAGCCUCCACCAACCUUGUUUGUGGCUAUAUCAGCCUUGGUGAGCCCUCCUAUGGACAAUAUAUAUCU